GCUUUUGAGAAUGUGCAAGGGGAGUGUGUCUGCAGACAGAGGGCGCACAGAAAGAGAAAUAAAACCUGAUGCUGGAUCCGGAGUCCUCCAUCGUUCCCAACAUUCCCUUUCUAAUUUAGGCGGAGCAGAGUGAAAGGUCGGCUCUUCUGGUCACUGAUAGAGGGGCAGAGAAACGGGGAGAAAUAGAGAGAGAACGAUAGAAAAAGAAGUGAGAGAGUGAGCAAGUUUAGUGUUCGAAGGAAAAACAAGCGGUUCAACAUAAAACAAUAUAUAUGGUUUCAGCAACAAUUUGCUGUAGCUGAAACAAAGAUUCUCUAAACUUCUAGUUACUGUUACGGUUCGUGCGGACGGUCGAACCUUUUGUUUUGACCAGGUCAUUCUGUUGCAUUGAGGCAAAGAAGAUUUUAAAAAAAGGGUCUUGAUUUUUCCAGGUGUCCACAAAAAAAAGGCAGAAACCAGGACCUGUGAGAGCCACACUGUUUGAAAGAGUAAGAAGGCAUCUAUUUUUAUAUUAAAAUGUCUUCUAAAAUGUCCAGUUCAAACAACGUAUCUCAAGCAAGGAGGACAGUCCAACAGUUAAGAAUAGAAGCCAGUAUUGAGAGGAUAAAGGUUUCAAAGGCAUCUGCAGACCUUAUGCACUACUGUGGGGAACAUGCCAAGUACGACCCUCUGCUAAUGGGCAUCCCAGCGUCGGAAAACCCCUUCAAGGACAAGAAGCCUUGUACUAUAUUGUAGGGGACAACUGAACUUUGCUUUUUAAUGUGGUGGGUUUUUUUUAUAUAGACAAAAAACAGUUUAAAUAAUCUCAUUUUAUGUAGUCUUAAGGCAUCCUGGUACGUACUCUGUUUUAAGGUAAUUUUACAUGAUGAAAUAAUAACAUUCAUGUGUCCUUUUUUUUCUCUUUCUGUUUUAAUCUGCGUUAGCAGGGUGGGGGAGCACAAAACAAAACCAUACUAUAUAUAAAAUUAUAAUUAUAUAUAUAUAUAUAUAUAUAUAUAUAUAUAUAUAUAUAUAUAUAUAUUUAUUUAUAAUUUUGUGCCAGGUAAUGAAAGUUCUAUCAACAGUUAUCUGGAUGUUGUACUGGCUUAUAACAGGGUUUGAGGUCUGUGGUAUGCAGCAUAUACGUGCUCUGUCUGUUUGAGACCAAAGUUGCCUCAGAAUUUCCCUUUAUGUACAAUGAAGGAGGUUUUUAACAAGUACUUUUUUGUAUAUGUGCUUCUUUUUGACUAGAUUCUCCUUUUUUGCCAGCUGCUCCUUUUUAUAAUUGGUCAUUUAAAAAAUGUAUUUAGACAGGAGUACUACAAAGUUCAGAAAACCUAACCUUGCAUCCUGAAAUAUAUAUUGACAUUCUGUUGUAUUAAAGUGCUAAUUCUGUCAUUGGUUUUUUUUUUUUUUUUAUAAGAUUGUUCACAAUAUUUGCAUGUUAUACUUUCACCACUGGGAUUGUAUGCUUUUGACAGUCUUAUGACUGGUGGGGGGUGUGUGUUAAAGGGAGCCAAACACGGCACUGGAAUGCAAAACAGACACAUUUUCAAGUGCACUUUUGUUGAGGCAUACAGCUAUUGUGACAUCAGUAGUACUGGAUGACGUCGUAACUGCAUGUAGCCCUUUUUGUUUUCUGGGUGGACAGCCAGGAGUGUUAUACGAUGUAAGCUGAAUAGAGUGACAUCUAUUCAGAAGCUUCCUGGGAUGUCCAGUAAAUGUACAAAGAGCGGUCAGCAUAACUUCAGGAUGACGACUGUUUCUGUUUUGCAAAUCAGUUUUGUCCUUUUGCCCAAGCUCACGUUUCAUGUGCAUCACAAACUUUUACCACAGUUCACCACUUCACACAGAUUCUAAUCUCACGGAUGGUUAAAGGUUGCUCGGUUAUUUUUUAGGCCUGUAUUAAAAGGGUUAUAUAUUGCUUGAAUUUUACGGUACUGCCGCAUGACGACACAAAUUAAUCUUGCAUGUUGUUCCUAAUGCCUAAAUGCCAAUGCAGCCAUCUCUCUUUCGUAUAUAUUUACUGUAGAUUUUGAGUUGCCUGUUGCUCUUUUUGUCUGACACUGAAUAAACGUAUACCGUAUAAAAAGAAAUUGUGUAGUUCCAUAAAAGUUUAACGUUUUGAUUUAAUUGGAUAAGUCAUCGAUAUCCCGCUAGCACAAGACUCCGGGGUGAUAACGCUUCUAUUUUGUUAAUGUAGAGUCAUCACAAAAAUGUUGGGCUUUCCAUUAGUCUGGUAUUGAUGACUUAUCGGAGUUACGAAACAGUCCAAUAUAGAAAUACUGGUUUUAAAAGACAAGUGGUUAAUAACUUAGGAACCAACGUUUUUAAAAUGCAAACUGGAAACCCAGAUAUCUAACUGUAAAUAUAAUAUUACUGAGUGUGUUACAACAUCAGUAGGCAAGAGAGAAUAGAAGAACUUACAGGGCAGAACUUCUUCACAUACACACACUACCUCUUACCUUGGAGGUAAGCAAAGAGAAGGCCUUCUCCUAACAUAAUACUGUAAUAAAUGGCAAGGGCAGCAGCAUUGCCUUGCAUGUUAAGUUGGAAAUGCCUUCAAACAAGCAAAAGGAAGGAUUUUUCUGUUGUAGUAAUUAAUUAUUCAACAAUAGUAUUCCAUUUUGAGAUGAUGGAAAAUUAAUCUACGGUAUAUAUAUUUUUUAAUCUGUUUUGAUAGUUGUGAAGCUUAUGUGCCACAGUGCAACCAGCAUCUUUGUGCCAGCUAUACUCCUCUAACCAGUAUUGGCCUUGUUAAAGUGUGUGUCUGUUGUGGUAGAAUAGCACAGAGCAAUCAGGAGAGCAAUGUCUUGUAACUGAUCCACUUUUGCGAUUGCUCCAUAGCCAUAAAUGUGGUUUUGGCGAUGAUGAAAAUCAAGGUUAAUAACACUAAAAAGGAAGGAUUUGUUUUAGAUGCUAACAUGUUAUCAAAGUAUUGAAUUAUAUGAAGUUAUCUGGCCACUUUGAGCUGCAUAGAUUCACUGCUCAAUAUGGGCAGCAAAUGUCCCAUUUGAAAUGUGAUGGAAUCUUAAGUAGCAAUUUACUGCACACAAUGGUGUCUAACAAGUAGUACAGUGCAGGUGUGUACAGUAGAUCCAAUAGUUACUAAAUGCACUAGAUCAGCACAGUGAACCCUAUGGCAGCAGAACACUAUUAAAUAUAUGCUGCCAUAUUUAAGUGUUCAGUGUGUGGAUCUAGUAUAUGUCUACCAUUUGAAAUGUGGAUACAUGGUUCUCAUUGGCCCACCUAUUAAAAGCACUGCCCUCUGGGAGAGUCAUGCCAUGGUUAGAAUUGCCAACGAUGGCAUUCCUUAAAUCAGCAGUGGGCCGCUCACUUUAUAAUGGCACUGUACAUUAAGAUUUGUUUCUCUCUGCACAUGUUAUUGAAUGGUGGAGUGUCAAGCCACGUUACUGCCAGUGGCAUUACGUUGUAUAAAACCAGCUGUCAUUAAGCAACACCGGUAAAUCUAAAUGGCCAAAACUUCAGCCAAAGGACUGCAACCCUUUUACUGAAAAGUCUUUGUGUACAUCAUGCAAUAAUGCUUAGAAAGGUUCUCUACUUUGAGUGGUAUGAAACAAAUAAUGAAUUUCCAAGUCUUAAAAAAGUGAGUGUCUAAAUUGAUUGAUUGAGAAGCAGUUAAUGUAAGUAGAUUAUCAGCCCACCCCCCUUUCUAUUUGUUGGUUUGUCGAUAUGCAAAAAUAAAAAAUGGGCCAUUUUUUAUUCUAAGUCCUCAAAAUAUAUCUAAACAAGCCAAACUGCCAAUUAAUGUACUGCAAAAGUAGGAAUGAAGGCUUGAUGGCCAAAAAUGUGGAAACCUCUACAUGGCUGCUCCGAGUGUGACCAGCUGCCUAAGUGUGUUUCUAAACGUGUUCUCUGACGGUGUGCUAGGAGGCCUGAUUUCUUAUAUUGUGUAUUGAUUUUUCUUCUGCUUUCGUUCUGCUGUACUUGUUUAUAUUGCUUUGCUUGAGCUGGAUAACCCUGACUCCCUUUCCACAAUCGUGUUGCUGUGUUUAACAGUUUCAAUUCAAAAGUACAUAAACACCUUGCUUUUCUAUCAA